AUGGUAGUGUUCGACCGCUGUUCAAGGGAUACCAUUCUUGAUCAUGAUGAGUUUGGGCAGUUGGCUUUCAGCGCGUUUCGGUGCGUCCCGGAAGCAGUGACAAUAUUAUAUCAGGUGUACGCUAAGGCGCGAACCACCUCCUUAUGCGACGCUCUACGGCGAGCGCAAAUAACAUAUCUGAGCCGCGUUCGCCCUGAUAUAGUUGUGAUUCCUUCACCAGGCAAUCUAUGGCAAGACUUUGCUAAACUGGUCUAUGCUCCCUAUGUGUUGGUUAUUUAUGCUGGAUCAUCGUUUGCACUGUGGUCCACUCUGGCGAACGUUGGUGAGGUAUGGAUGCCACCACUGUACGGUGGAAUGACACCAGAUGUUGGAAGCAAUUUUCACUGGAUCAACACGCCAAUCUUGUACCCGAAUAUUGGACGCGAACUGAAUUUAACAAGUCCUGGAAAUAUAACGGAUAGUGACAAGAUUAUAGAAUGGCUGAGCAACAGGUGA